GUUCACAGACGGGUAGUAAUCCAAUACCGUUUAGUAAUCCAAUUUUCGGUAUCAGGGACAUGGAGUCCGUUUACACAAGGCGUUAGAGGAAGUUAUUAUCACGUAUUAUUAUCAAGUAUUAUCAUGUAAAAACAAGAAUUUCCAAUUUUUUUGUUACCAAGGGUCCGAUUAUUCUGUUAAAAAAUUGUAGGAAAAUUUUGUUCCGAAAACCGAUAAUUUUCACUGCAAGGUAGCUUAAUUUCUCCAUAAAAUGUUGGCGACCCUGUUUUCAUACGAAGUGUCGAGAAAAGUGCGCGAAUAAGUGCGACCAGUGCGAUGUGGUUCUGAAGUUCAGAAUCUGAACAGUUGUGGAAGAUGUAAAUGGAAACUGCACACUGCAUGAAUGCGGUCUGAACCCAAGAGGUCUAAAAACGAGCCUGACCUGAACUUAUUCGCGGAUAUUAUUAUUAUUUGACUACACUCUUUGGUCCGGUCCUUGGUGAUAGAUCCCGUCCAAAGUGUUCCAGGACGCGAUUGCAAAAUACGACGUGAAAAACUUAUUGAGACAAUCGCAUUGAAUGUUUCAAUAGUUGUAGAGAAUUUCAGUACUUUUGUGUGCAAAUAUGCAGAUUACUUGCACGAUUUGCAGUGACUUGUUUGUGGCUGCAGAUGCUGUGGUUGGCACUCAUUGCGGACAUUUGUUUCAUCAUACGUGUUUGAUACAAUGGUUGGAGAGGUCGAAGUCGUGUCCACAAUGUCGUUCAAAUUCGAAUGAAAAAAAUAUCAUCAGAAUUUAUUUCAAUAUACACAAUGCAGGUACAGAAGAUACCAAUACUCUACAAAAUAAAGUUGGUAGCCUAGAGUUUAAUUUGAUGUUAAAAACUACAGAAUUAAAGAAAUUAAAUGAAGAAAUCGCCACCUUCAAUAAAAAGUCUGCCGGGCUGAAGAGUGAAAUAAAACGCUUGAAAGAAGAAGUUAAAUCUUCAGAAUCAAAUAUGUAUAUUUUAAAAGAACAGUUUAAUGUUUUGAAGAAGAGAAAUGAAUAUUUAGAACCUGUUCUUACAGAACGAGAACGUUUACAGAAAGAAGUGCAAUUCUUAAGAAAUAUAGAGACUGUCAUAAAAGGGAGUUCUGAAGAAGUUGAUGAAAUUCUCAAUGAUUAUGGGGACUCCAGUGAAGCUACAAAGUCUUUACUAACAUUUACGUCUGUUUUAAAGAAAGAAAUGCAAACUACAGCUGCCAAGAAAAAGGAACUUAGUACUAAACUUCGUGAAGCAGAAUCUAAAAGUUUCUCUUUGGCUGGGCAGGUUCGACGUCUGGAGGAAAAACUUAAAGGCCAGGAAGAACAAAAUCGACAUUUGCUUCUGGAGGUAAACCAUCUAGUUGAGGAGCGGGCAAGUUUAAAGAAGAAACUUGAUGCUUUGCAACAGGCAGUAAUAUCACCCACUGCCAGUCAUCCCUGUGCCAGUGCCCUCAAGCGAAAAGAAGCAGCCCCAUAUUUGAGUAUAAAAUCUUCAGCGUCUGGUCUGACCCCAAUGCGAUUUAACCAAACUGUCAGUGCCACCAUGAGCAAAUAUAGUAUCUUCCGGAAGGGACGCUUAGAUGGAAAUACAAUCGAAAAUACUGCUCCUCCAAGAGAAGAAGAGUACGAUGGAAUGGGAGGUCAUUCAAAACUCGAUGAAUUUCCCCAACCAAUUCCCCGUAUUAAAGUUAAAAACGUUAAUAAAUACCAGCGCUUGUCAAAAAUCAAACUAAAAGAUGCUUCUAAAGUCUUAAAGAUGGAUCAAUUUCUUCAAAAGUAACAUAAGGCUAGUGAUAAAAUAGUGAGAAAAUUAAUUCUUUCACACCGUAUUAAUAAUUUUGUUACCUGUACAAAGUGAAACAUUGCUUUUACCACAUUUUGGGAAUGAUUUGAUUGUAUGUUUUCCUCCCUGCAUUCUAUUAAAUUUUAAUCAAUUGAAGUUACAUUUUUGACUUGAUUAAAUUAUUAACAUGAAUACACGCUAUUACUAAUGAUUGGUACACGACUUGCAUUAACUACUGAUGUUUCAAGUUCUCAGCCUAGACUUGGAAAUCGAAAGAAGUAGUGUACUGUAGUUCUUUGUUUUAGUUAGGAAUUUUGCAAGUAAUGGCUGAAGGUUAGUAGGAGAGAAGUCAAAAUAUUACAGUAUUGUUCCUUUAUUUAUAUUAUUGAAUAGUAACCUUUACCAAUAAUCCAAGACGAUAGAAGCUUUUGAAGCAUUACUAGUCCAUGUGGUAAACAAAAAUCCGACAUCAUAAUAUUUUACAAGCCUAUAAAGGUUGGCAGUGGCUUUUGCCAACACAAAACCAAGUACCUUAAAUUACGAGUGAAAUACAUCUGCUGCUAUAAGUGAAAUAUUUCAAAAGUUGUUAGCGCCCAGAUUUAAUGGUCAGAGCAGUAGACACCGUCACAUUACUUGUGGCUCAUGAUAUAGAUGGAAUAUCCUUUAUUUCUGAAGAGCAUAGACAAAGUAGAGAUGAGUGUGCAGUGUUCAAAGGAAAUACUUUUUAUAAUGGUAUCUAUUUUUGUAAGUUCAAAUUUAUUUUAAUAGUACGACAUAUGAAAAAUUAUACCCAUUGUUAAAAUGUACACACUAGGCACAUAUUGAACUUUGAAAUAAAAUUGAAGUUUCUAAGAAACAUUUUUGGCCAUCCAGUGAAAGGUUACUUCUUAAUUAUCUUCUAUGAAGCAAGUUGUUUGGUUACUGAGUAACCCAUUUCAAUAUCUUUCUAUUUACAUAUUUUUUCUAUUAUUCUUUGUUUUUCAAUAUUUGUUACAUGGUCAACAUACAAUUGAAUCAGUUAUUUCAGAUAGCCGUCAAAUGCCAAAUUCCUCAUCGUGAGAAAAUUAAGGAAAACUGUCGUAGCAAAACAGGUUUGGUUUUUCUGAUAUCAAAAUAUUUUUUUAAUACUAAAACAGUUGAUAAAUGAAUAUUUUUCAUGUAAAUAUUCUAUUUACUGCUCACAUUAAUUUUUUUUAAAAGGUUUCAACAGUGCACUUGGUGGGUUUCUGCAAUAAAAGAUUAGAAAUAAUCUCGUUUUAAUUUGUAAGAGAGAAUAUAUAGUUUAUUAUUUAUAGUGAUAUGAGUGUUGCUAUUUAUUAUUUAUUGCAUUAUAUGUUAUGAAUUUAGAAUAUACAAAAAAUCUUGAAAAUACGUGUUAUUCGUCUUGAGCAAAAUCACAAUCUCAUCACUAUCUUUGCUUGGCCAAUGCCAAUGGAAAAUGAUGCCAUACACGUUCAUGGCCUUCUACAUAAAUUAUUAGUUUCACUAAAUCCUAAAUCUUCUUGUUAAUUAGAACCUACCACAAGAACUGUAAAAAUGCAGAACAAGCCUGUCUAUAUUCUACGAUAACCAAAUUAUUAUUGAAGGAUUUUCUUACAUGGAGUAAAACAAAGCCUUAAAACUUCACCAAAUUUCUUUUGCCUCUAUCAACAUUUGAAUAAAAGUAUUUUGAAUGUUUUUAUUCCUGAGAUUGUAAAAAUAACUUACAUUUGGUUUAUUACUUGUUCAUUAAUAUUUGGAGGGCAUUUAAUAUUGCACAUACACUUAUUAAUACAUGCUUCAUCAGCACAAUCAAAUCUCUUGCCAAAGGAACUUCAAAACAUUACUCUGAAUAUAUGCUAUUGGCUGUUUGUAGAAAUGCACGUAGUCGUUACAGGCUCAGUGACACUACCUGUACCGUUCUUAGAAAAUCCCCAAACAAGUAACCUAACCAGCCCCUGGAGUGAUGCUGAUGACCUUUCAACCUAGCUUGAAUUACAAUAGUAAUAAAUAGACUGAAUAAUUGUUCACAUGCAGUCUGCAUGUGAAAAGAUGUGCCUAUUGUGCAAUAGUAUCCUGCCACUAACUAAUUUUCCAAAUUUUUGGCGUUUGAUGGGUUUCUGAAAUAGACAAUUCAAUUGAGAGCAAAUCUCCAAGUACUUUUGAUAUGACUUUCUCAACUGAAAAUGACAACUAAAUGUAAAGGCCUCAUAAAUAACCUCACCAAGGAAUAAAUGUUUACUUUUAUUUGAUGGUCAGUUCCAGUUCUGAAAGCACUCAAUGCACUAUCAUUGUUACGAAAGCUUUGAGAGUUUAUGAGUGAUUUAUUUAUUUUCUGUAUUCAUUCAUAUUUUCAUAAAGUAAAAGUGCAUGUGCUCUGUUUAUGUAGAUGAGAAUUCUUGAAAUAAUUCUGUAAAUAUCUGCAUUACAAUAAAUUUAUUGCAAGAUUUCCUAACCUCAUUUUUAAUCACAUGUAAUGUUUAUGCAAUUGUUAUUUAACUGAGGGUUCCCAACAGGACCAAUUAAAUUUGAUGGGAAUCAGUGAAGAACAAGGAGUCGACAGCUGAAUUCCACAUUGCGAGAGAUUUUGGACUGGUCAUUUAAUGAAGAUCCUAUUGAUUAUAAAAGAGAUAUUAAUGAAUAUCAUAAUUAUUUU